UUCAAAACACAGUGGUUAAAAUAUAUUAUUUUAGUUACCCAAUAAUUUGUAAUAAUUGUAAAUUUAAGAACUUAAAUUUAGAACCAUCAAAUUCCCAUUGAUUUUUUAUUUUUUUUGGAAGUUUGUUAAAUACAUUUUAUUACUCCAAAAAUGUUUUGCUUUACUUGCACUACAAUGUCUGCUUUGCCUUUGCGACCCGGCUUAGGGAAAUUUUGUUCAUCGUUAUUUCAACAACCAUCAUCCUUCGUGAGAUUUGGAGUGCUUCUGCCUGCAAAUUAUUCUCAAAAUACAAAACCUCUUUCAAGUCCUAGUAUUAAAAAGCGUAUUCAAAGAAGAAAGACUACUACUAUUGAAGACACUGGGCAACGCCAAGGCUUCUGGAGUGUGACGGCAUUUACGACAGCCGAGGAGUUCCAAAUUGAAGAACUGAAAGAAGCUCUUUCCAAUACAAAAUUAUAUGAACCUAUAAAUCUGUAUAGCGGCUCUGAUGAUAGUGCUGAUUUCAGAUAUUAUACCACUCGAUGUCAUUCACGCCGUGUCCAAGUAUAAUGUUACAAACGAGCCUAGGCAUUUAUACUUUUUCCGUGAAGGAUCUGUAGUAGGAUGGAAUAUAUCAGACAUGGAAGUAAAUAUUUUAAUCGAGUUUUUGGCCAAAUAUCAAAUCCUACCUUAUGACACUGGCACAGUUGUAGACGAACGUGAAAUAAUGUAUUACACCUACACAAACGAUAAGAAAAGUUCAAUCGAAAAAGGUAAUUUGCAUUUAAUCAAAGACAAUGAAAUGGCUACAGAUUUAGAUCGGUACACAUUCUCCAAUGCCAUGGCUCACAGUGUCAAGUUGGGUACUUGGGAAACGUUAUUAGAUCAGUAUAUAGAUUCAGUCGAGUUUGUUACGCAAGAUUUACAAAAAGGACGACGUUUAAGUAUUUCAAGAAAAGAAGUAAUGAAGAAAACCGGCGAACUGUUUGGAUUAAGACAUUCAAUUAAUUUAAGUUCUGAUCUUCUUGAUUUACCAGACUUUUACUGGGAACGAGAACAUCUAGAAACUCUUUACCGUACAACUUGCAAUUAUUUUAGUAUUUCAUCACGUUUAAAGGUCAUGAACAUGAAACUAAAUCAUUGCCUAGAACUUGUAGAGUUGUUGUCGCAUCAUUUAAGUGACAGACAUCACAUUAGAUUAGAAUGGAUGAUCAUAAUAUUGAUUAUGGUCGAAGUAGGUUUUGAGAUCCUUCAUUACGCUCAACUAUUGGCAAAAUAACAAUUAUUAUAUUUUUUAAGCCUUAUUACUUAAUAUAGAAUAGAAGACUAUAAAUUUUAAAAUAUCAAUUGUAUAAUGUAAAUAUAUAUUUUUUAAUUAUUACAAGACGUAAAUAAAAUAAAAAUGAU